AUGGCUUAUUCAAUUUUUCCAGCUUCAAACCGUGCUAAUUUUUAUCAGCAAAGAAGCUUAAAUAUUUUGGCGGAUGAAUCAGUAUCUUGUAGGAACUUGAAAAUAAUUUUCAACUCAGGUCUUUUUUUAGUUUUAUUAUCGCUAUAUUCAUUGCCACUUGUUUCCAGUGCAGUCAACAACUUACCCAUGGGAUAUCCCGUCCUUCAGCAACAUCCAGCUCCAGCUGCAGGUCAACCUCAUCUUGAUUCAAUGGGCAUGUCCAGCUGCCAUGUGGUUAAUGGUGUGCCAGCGCCAGGAAACUAUCAUCCCAUGAGGAUGAAUUCUGGAAACGAUAUGCUGAUUGACACCAGUGCAUCAGAUGUAGCACCAACUAUUCCACCUAGCAAUGCCAUGUCAUCAAUGUCAGAUAUGGCCGUAAGCCCUACAUCAGUAGCUUCCAGCGGCCAUUUUCCCUUUACAGCUUCAGAGAUUUCGGGGAUGGGAGUUGACACGUCAGCCCUUGAUGCUGCUUUCCCAUCUGAUGUAGCAAGUUCAGUCGGAUUAGAACUUCCACCAGAUAAUGGUGUUGGUAAUUCUAGGGAUUCACUGAGAUCUUUCGCUCAGCUUCCUUGGAAUUUUAGUCUUUCAGAUCUAACAGCAGAUUUGUCCAAUUUGGGAGAUCUAGGACCUCUUGGAAACUAUCCUGGUUCUGCAUUUUUGCCUUCUGAUUCAGACAUUCUACUCGACUCUCCUGAGCAAGAUGAUAUAGUAGAAGAGUUCUUUGUCGAUGUUGAUGCGGAUCCAGGACCAACAUGUCAGUCAGAUGAAGAGAAGUCCUAGCUUAAAUUGAGAUAUUAACGUUGCAUUUUGCGUUUGAAAUUAGAAUAAGUCUGUUGUAAAAUGAUUAUAAACUGAUAGAUUGAUGAGCUGAAACCAUUGAUUUAGAUGUGGCAGAUAUAGUCGUUAUUAACCUAAUUUAGAUAUAUCUUAUCCUUGGGUUGUUAUUAUCAGAUCUUUGUUUCAUUAUUAGUAGAAGCAGGAGAGAAUAUGUUCAGUUCCCUCCCUUUUUGAUA